UUCAACUGUAUAUCUUCAGGAAGACGAAUCACAUUUUAUCUCCAUACCAAACACCUACACAGAACGAUUUUAUAAGGCAACCUUACUACAAACAAACGCUACGAAUGGAUUUCGAGUUCUGUUUCAAGAUUUGUAUCUCAGUAACGAUGAUGUUAAAGUCCUAAUAGGGACAGGUAACGAUCCGUCUGAUAUACAGUCUAUCAUCGCAACUAUCCAUGGAUUCAUAAACUCUGAGCCUGAUGAUGUCUAUGUAGAUACCAAUGAGAUGUGGUUUGCUGCUAUAGGAGGGCGGCUAAACAGCAUUAUCCGUUUGGAUGUUGGUGUUACUGCCAUUGAUUUGCUGAAUUUCUUUCCUUGUUCGGGAUCGAACAUGAACGUGUCAGUGACGUUGGUUUGCGAUGGACAGUACGACUGUGACAAUUAUGAGGAUGAAUCAUCAUGUAAUUAUUCAGCUGUAUAUCUUCAGGAAGGCGAAUCACAUUUCAUCUCCAUACCAACCGCCUACACAAAUCGAAAUUAUUACGCAACCUCACUACAAACAAACGCUACGAAUGCAUUUCGAGUUCUGUUUCAAGAUUUGUAUCUCAGUAACGAUGAUGUUAAAGUCCUAAUAGGGACAGGUAACGAUCCGUCUGAUAUACAGUCUAUCAUCGCAACUAUCCAUGGAUUCAUAAACUCUGAGCCUGAUGAUGUCUAUGUAGAUACCAAUGAGAUGUGGUUUGCUGCUAUAGGAGGGCGGCUAAACAGCAUUAUCCGUUUGGAUGUUGGUGUUACUGCCAUUGAUUUGCUGAUUGACUGUUCUGGUGCCAACCCAUGUCUGAACGGAGGUACCUGUGAGAGCGAUACAUGUACAUGUGCUGCGAGAUAUACAGGAGCUUUGUGCGGUGACACGAGUAAGAUCUUUUAA